GCAUAUAAAAACGACUUUCUGCCUGCAUCACCGCCGCAGCUAUGCGAUGCUCCACUCCCUCGCCGGCUUCGCCCUCCGCCGCGGUAGCAGCCUCGCUCCUCUCUUUCUUCCUCCCAUUCGCCUCAACGAAACCCAUAAACUGAGUUACCUCUCCCUUCCCAUUCCACCCGCAUCGCCGCCGCGCGACGACUACUUCGCCGCCAUUCACCACAUCUCCAACAUCGUCCGGCGAGACUUCUACUUGGAACGCACCCUCAAUCGUCUUCGUUUACCCACUAUCACACCCGAUAUCGUCCUCCGCGUCCUUCGCGCUACCGCCGGCUCCCACCCCCUUCAAGCUCUUCGCUUCUUCGCAUGGUCUCGCUCCCGAUCCUCCUACUCUCCUUCUUCUGCCGAGUUCGACGCUCUCAUCCUUGCUCUCGGCCGUCACCGCCACUUCCCCCAUCUAUGGCGCCUCGCGGCCGACAUGCGAUCCCUUUCACUACCGCUUUCCUCAUCCACCUUCGCCGCCGUCAUCUCCUCCUAUGCCGAUGCUUGUCUGCCGGACCUCGCCGUCGAUAUCUUCAACCGCAUGCCCAAGUUCUCUUGUCCCCAGACCACCGAGGUCUACAACUCCCUCCUCUCCGCUCUUUGCCGAGCUGGCAACUUUCAUGGCGCGUACGCCCUCGUCCGCCGAAUGCACCGCAAAUCCGUCUCCCCCGACCGCCAAACCUUCUCUAUCCUCGUCGACGCAUGGUGCGCCGCCGGUAAACUCCGCGAGGCACAGGAUUUUCUGGAGGAGAUGGCCAGGCGAGGCUUCUCGCCUCCUGUUCGCGGCCGCGAUAUUCUCAUCGACGGUCUCGUGCGCGCCGGCCAUUUGGAGUCCGCAAAACGUAUUGUUCUUCGAUUGACGAAGGAGGGCCUUCUACCUGAUGUCUCCACCUUCAAUUCCCUCCUCGAUGCUCUCUGCGACGCUGCGGAAAUCGAUUUCUGCGUUGAUCUCCUCCAGGAUGCAAACGAGCUCGGCCUCUGCGCAGAUAUAUCGACUUACAAGGCAUUAAUACCAGCGGUAUCGAAGGCUGGGAAGAUCGACGAGGCAUUCAGACUCUUAAACUGUGCAAUGGAGGAUGGGCAUCGUCCGUUCCCGAGUCUUUACGCCGCCAUUAUCAAAGCUAUGUGUCGUGCUGGGAGGUUUUCCGAUGCCUUCUCGUUCUUUAACGACAUGAAGAUGAGGGGUCAUCCGCCAAACCGUCCCGUAUACACCAUGCUUGUGAAAAUGUGUGUGAGGGGAGGGAGGGUGGUGGAAGCUGCAAAUUUUUUGUUGGAGAUGACUGAGAUGGGGCUGAAGCCGAGGUAUCAGAGUUUUGGUAUUGUAGUGGAGGGGUUGAGGCAUUGUGGCAAGCAUGAGCUAGCGAGGAGGAUGGAGCAGCUUGAGGUUAAAUUUCUGGGAUCUUGAUCUUCCGUUGCUUUCUUGAUUGGUAGCUAGCUAAAGAGAAAGACAAUAGUUCUGAUUUCUUAUGUUGGUUUAUCGGCCCAUCCAGGUAGAAAGAAAAUUUUCUCCAAAGAGUUCAAACGAGAUCAUGGUGGCGAGGGAGGUGAAUCUGAAGGCUUUGGUUGACCAGGAAAUUGAUUAGAUUGAAGUCUGUCGAGCACCUGCUGCCCGCUGUUUCGGUGUGUUAAAAUGAUGAAGUUAUCCCUCUGUCCUUCAAAAUUGAGCACACUCGCACACCCGGACCGGUGAGGGAAAGCAAUGAGGUUUUCUUCAUGCCACCACUCAACUUCACCAUGAUGGACAAUGGCAUCUUCCGCUUGGGAUUCCCCAACAUGACCAAUUUCAGCUUCCCGUGGACACUCAAACUCCGCUGUGUUUGUUCGUGACUCGCCUGUUUGCUCUCGGAAUCGGGCAGGCUUUGUUGGAUGGAAUCAUAGUUUGUGUCCUGAGCUGUAUCCGGAGGCGAAUUGGGAGUUCUUGAGAUCGAAUGGAAACAGAUUGUUCUAGUUUGUAAUCGAAGGAGCCCAGGUAUUACUGGUUAAUUUGAUCAUCACAUAUUUCUUGAGUUCAUAUUUUACUUAUGAUUUCUGAUAUAGAAUUGAUUAGGAAAGGCAAUAUCAAAUCAUAGUGAAUGGCAGUUGGGGUGCAGAUUUUGUCUCUUGUUCUAAUUUUUUAUUAGGGCCAUUUACAUGCAUACCACCCAAUUCUCAUGUGUUUUACAUAUCUUCAAUUGUAUAUGCCCAAACUAUGUAUUCUACUUUUCACCAAGUUAUCUCUAUUAGAUGUUACAUGUUAU